AUGGAUGAACUCACUGAUAAUAUAAAGACUCAUGAGCUCAAGAAGCAACAAAGGCAAGAGAAGAAGGAAGCAAAAACAAAAAAAUCUCUAGCAAUGAAGGCUUUAAAAUCUUAUUCAAGUGAAGAAGACAAAGAUGCUGCCUAUUUGUCAAAAAGAAUUCUUAGAGCUAUGAAUAAAAGUGAUCAGUUUAAAAGGAGAGGAAGCAACAACAAAAAGGGUGGUAAUGUUGAAGUUUGUCACAAAUGUAGAAGUCCUAAGCACUUCAUUAAGAACUGUCCAAUGUACAAAUUGGAUUAUCAAGAAUAUCUCAAGUCUGGAGGUGACAAAGGAUAA